AGCUCCCUCCACCCAAGAGGAUGAAAGUCUCCAUGGCUGCCAUCUCCCUCUUCCUCCUUUUCUUCAUCACCAGCACCCUGGGGUCCAUGGCUGAAUCUUCCUCACAAGGACCUUACCACCCAGCCGAGUGCUGCUUCCGCUACAUUGACAAGGCAAUCCCGCGCCAUCGGAUCGCAGAUUAUUAUGAGACCAGCAGCCAGUGCUCCAAGCCCGGAGUCGUCUUCAUCACCAAAAAGAGCCAAUCCAUAUGUGCCAACCCCAGUGACGCCUGGGUCCAGGACUACAUCAAGGGCCUGAAAGAGAAAUGAGCUGGCCAUCUGAAGGAGAAGAGACCAAGGCCCCCCUCUCAGUCCCAAUGCUUAGCCCCCACUGCCUCCUAGGAGCUGCCUUGCUUUGAAUUAAAGACCUUGAAUUCA